AGAAAAGGAGGUGACGGCGGCGGCGGCGGCGGCGGAGGCUGCGACCACGGCCGCGCGGGACGUGAGGCCCGAGAGCAGCCGGCGGCGACGGCCGCUCCAGCGCCUCGCGCCGGGGCCGUUAGUCAGCAGAACGCGGGUUGGUGUCGAGGAGCAGGGCCGGUGCGAGGCGAGACUCCGGAGCACGAGCCGGGCCCCCUUGGGCGCCGCCGUCCUUACUUGUCCGGGCGCCGGGGGCUGCAGCCCUUGUCCCCCCUCCUCGGCCGGGCUUGUCCACAGGCGGGGAGCGUCCGGCGGCGGCGGGAGCGCGGAUCGUGCCGUCUCCAGGACAGCGUGUCGGCAGAGGUUGUCUCCCGGCCCUUUCUGCCCGGCGCCCCGGCUCCGGCCCCUCAGGUGCAGCCUUACCCUGGCACUGCAGCUUUUCUCCUGCUUUUCUCCCUUGGUGUUCGUCCCCGGAAGUGUCUCUGCUGCAUCAUACAUAUUCAGCCAGCCAGAAGAUGAAUAAUCUUUCCUUUAGUGAGCUGUGUUGCCUCUUCUGCUGUCCACCUUGUCCAGGGAAAAUUGCUUCAAAAUUAGCAUUUUUGCCACCUGAUCCAACGUACACGCUGAUGUGUGAUGAAAGUGGAAGCCGCUGGACUUUACAUCUAUCAGAACGAGCAGACUGGCAGUACUCUUCUAGAGAAAAAGAUGCCAUUGAAUGUUUCAUGACUAGAACCAGUAAAGGCAACAGAAUUGCCUGUAUGUUUGUGCGUUGCUCGCCCAGUGCUAAAUACACUUUGCUCUUCUCACAUGGAAAUGCUGUUGAUCUUGGUCAGAUGAGCAGCUUUUACAUAGGACUGGGAUCACGGAUUAAUUGUAAUAUAUUCUCGUAUGAUUAUUCUGGAUAUGGUGCAAGUUCUGGGAAACCAACAGAGAAGAACCUCUAUGCAGACAUUGAAGCUGCCUGGCUUGCUCUUAGGACAAGAUAUGGGAUCCGCCCUGAAAAUGUGAUUCUCUAUGGCCAAAGUAUAGGGACAGUACCCUCCGUGGACCUUGCUGCUCGGUACGAGAGUGCUGCUGUUGUUCUGCAUUCUCCUUUGACCUCAGGAAUGCGAGUUGCUUUUCCUGAUACCAAGAAGACCUACUGUUUUGAUGCAUUCCCAAACAUUGACAAAAUCUCUAAGAUAACCUCUCCAGUAUUAAUAAUUCAUGGGACUGAAGAUGAAGUCAUUGACUUUUCACAUGGCCUUGCAUUGUUUGAGCGUUGCCAAAGGCCUGUGGAACCUCUGUGGGUUGAAGGAGCUGGUCACAAUGAUGUGGAACUUUAUGGACAGUAUCUUGAAAGAUUAAAACAGUUUGUGUCACAGGAACUGGUAAAUUUGUAAAAUAUUCUGUAAAUUGUAUACUGGGUUUUCUUUCCUUACUGAACUGCACUCCUUGGUAAAUAACAUAAAACCUGAAGGUUUUGUUUACAAAUCAUGUCAGUUGCCUUCAUAAAUGUACAGGUAAUGAUUUGUUAACAGACUUAAUGAAAGUUUUAAUUACCAGAACUAGAAACUGGAAAUAACAGUAUCAUGCAGUCAGGCUGUGUAAUUUAUAUUUUUUCUGUGAAUUUUUUUUAAACAUCAAGAUGAGUACUGUAUGAAAUUUUAAUUCUAUAAAAUCAAAUGCUGUAAAAGUAUUCCCAAAUGCUUUUGCAUAUCAGAAACAAAUUUAUAAAUAUUUUUAAAACAUCUCAGUGUACUUAAAUCUUAUCCUGGUAUACAAAUGUAAUAUCACUCUUUAAAAAAGAAAAGCUGUAUAUCUAAAACAGUCCAAGUACUCAAAAUAGAAUAAGCUGUAAAAAACAAUAUGAAAACAUAUGAGUUCACUAGAGUUGACCUCAACCCUGUUGUACAGGGAUAGAGGUUUAAACAGUCAUUUUACUGUAAAAUACAUUGAAUUUUCUGUAUUCUCUGGUUAUCAUAUAUUUUCUCCUCAAAAAAAAAAAAAAAUGAUGUAAGUCUUAAUUUUUAUGCCAUCUGUUGAUUUACCAACUAGUUACCUUGUAAAUGAGAAGUCAUAAUAACACUGAAUUUUAACCCUUUUCGAUUUAUAAGUUUGGUACCGUGAGGCAACUACUUAAAUUUUUCAUUUUAGUUUUAAAAGGUAUUUAGAGCUUCAAGGAUGAUUUUGUAUGCACUGUUGUUUUAAACUUUGACUAAUCUGGUAGAAUUGCAGUGCUUUGAAAACCUGAAAGUUCAUUAGUUCUUUAGGACCACAAACAGAGUGGCUAUUUGGUCUCUUUUCAGGUUCACUGUGGCUACUUUUAAGAGUAGGACCCAUUGUUUUGGAUUACUAUCUGAGAAUUUCAUGAAUUCACUCCUAGAAACAGAAGAUGAGAAAACAUUUAAUUCUUAACUUUUAUAUUAACCAAUACAAUAAAAAAUAAAGCUUAUAAACACACACACACAAAAACUAAGUUGCCUUUCCUUGAAUGAAUCCUGCCUGAAUAAAACAAUGAAAGAAAAAUAAAAAUAGAAUUAACGGUAUGUAGUCUAAUUUGUAAAUGAAUGAAUAUUGAAAUAAUACACACUGUGGAUAUAUUUUAAGGCCUUAUGUAGUUUUAAUUGUUCUGCUUGUUCUGUGGUUAUGUCUAAGACUAUAGUAGAUUCUCUUCAAAGUAUAUCAAGUAUUGUGAAUGCUUUGGUUCAGAUGUGUCAAAUUAACAGUAAAACAGCAAAUAUACCAUUCAGCUCUGCUUGCUUGCCUUCUUCUAUGCUCCCUACCCUCCACCGAAAAGAAUGGAAAAAAAUUACCGUCCUUUAUAGAACAUAAUUCUAUAGUUUUCUAAAUUUUAUCAUCACUCCUUUCUUUUGGAGGGAUUUUUCCCUUCGCAAUAUUGUCUUGGAACCUAUACAUUUUCUACUUUGCACAAUAUACAACCCAGGAUUCAGCCCCAUCUUUUCUUUGAUUACCUGGGAAAAUCUAAAUACUGGUCAUACUAAUUCAGCAUUCAUUCAACAGAUAUUAUUGAAUGUCUAAAUCACACAAAACCCUAUGCUGGGGCUGUAAGGAGGAAAGAAGAUAAGACAUAGACCGUGUCCGCGUAGACGUCACAGUGUAGCUGAGGAGACAGCUCCUCAUAGCACAAAUAUUUAUUACUAUUUUGAUAAGGGCUAGAGGAGAUUUGUAGGGUGUUAUAAGAGGUACUCUUGGGAAGGGAACAUAGGAAACAACACAAGGAAGAGAGUUCGGUGCAGAGGUGGUAUUUGCACGGAGCUUUGAAGGAUGACUAAUAGUUUACUAGACAUGGGUGGCCCUGGGGAAACAUUCCGGGCUGAGGGGAACAAUAUAUGGAAGCCUAGAGGAAAGUGAUACAUUUGAAAUGUAAGAAGAAUGGACAGAGGGCAAGGGGAAAGAUGGCAAGAGAAUGAGACCGACAAGCUAGUUAGGGGCAUAGUCGUAAAUGGUAUCAAGAAUCCUGAUCUUUAUAGACCAAAAAUUGGAGAUUUUUAGCUUGCUAGAAAUAACAUGGGAGCCAACUGUUAAGAAACGAAUGUAAUCUUAGGGGGCUAAAAAAUGUAUCAUGGGGAAGUAGUCUCAUAUACAAAGUGCUGGCCAAACCACAUCUCCAGUAUUGAUCUCAUUUCAGGAUUAAAUGAAAAGAUAAUUCACAAAUUAGAGCAAAGCUUGUUCUGUGAUUAUGUCUAAGGCUAUAGUAGAUUCUCUUCAAAGUAUAGCAAGUAUUGUGAAUGCUUUGGUUCAGAUGUGUCAAAUUAACAGUAAAAAUUUUUCCAAGUUGGAAAAAUUCCUGUAAACUGAAACACAAAGACUAGCUGAAGAAUGGUGUGACUAAGGAAUGAUAGCUGUCUUCGAAUAUUUGAGAGGCAAGUACAAUUUGUUGUUCUUCGCUCUCAGAGCAGAACUAGAACUAUAAACUGAAAAUUACAAAAUGGCAGAUUUGAGCUCAGUAUAUGAAAGAAUUUAUGGUUACUUUUCCAUCAAGGAAAGGGACUGCCUUCUGGAAAUCAAAGAGUAUUUUACUACUGGAGGCAGAGCAGAAGCUGAAUGACCCGGCUGCAGCAGAAGAAAUUCUAGAUUUAAAUGGCAAGUUGUACUAGAUAUAGUAUGUAGAUCCCUUUUAAGAUUUUAUAUUCUGUUCAGAUUUCCCCUGCCUUCUCCUUGGAGCAUCGCUGAGCCUGCAGCAUCUAGAAGACAAAAUGAUGUAGGAGAAAGGAUUAAAUUGUCAAGCAGAACUGGGUUCUCAGCUGACACUAAUUAGAUCUGUGGUCUGGGGCAAGUCACAUCUACUGGAAGUAAAGAGAUGGAACGGAUUGGUGAAUAUCCCUUGCAUUUCUAACAAUGUGGAAGUCCCUCAGCCCCACGGGUAUGUAAUGUCUCAUGUCAAUUUGUAACCAAUUUUUAACUGUGGCUACAGUAGCCGCAGGAGCCCUGGUGGCUCAGUGGUUAAGGAAUAAGGCUGCUUACCAAAAGGUUGGCAGUUCGAAUUCACCAACCGCCCCUUAGAAACUCUAUGGGGCAGUUCUGCUCUGUCCUGUAGGUUCACUAUGGUUUGGAAUUGACUCGAUGGCAACAGGUUUGGUUUAGAGUAGCCCCAGGUAGCUUGUUCAUAUUUGGCUUUCGUGCAUAGCAACUUGGUGCAAUUUAGAUGGUAACUCUAAUCCUGGGAAAAGAGCCAGCAGUGCACAAACCUUCUGCCAUAUCCUACAAUUCCAAAAAAAAGAAUAGGUAUAUUAAUACCUUUUCAUCAAUUUCUUUUUCACAUUUCUAGCUUAUGCAAAUUUACUAGUUCUAUGUCCUAAAGAAUAUACAUCACAGUACCUUUUUUUCUUGGUGUUUACGAUAAAUAUAUAGAUGUUACUCACGUUAGGAAAGCUUGAUACACGGGCAAGAAUUUUUAAAAUUGCAAACACAUCAAUUGUGAUGUAAUUAGUGAUGGUCCUAGUGCAUUUAGACAUUCUAUGUAACAAAACGUGAUUUGAGCACAUUUCAAGAACAAGUAUCAUGGAAAGCCAAAUAAACUCAUAAAUCUUAACAACUUUAGAGAUGAUAUAGCCUAUUCCCUUCACUGUACAGAUAAAGAAACAAACCCAAAGAAGGAAAAUGACUCUCCCAAGGUCGGCAAUCUAAUUGUCAGAGGUGGUACUAUGUCCCGUUAUCUUCACUUCACCAGGUUUCUUGGACUAACACACCGAUGAUCCUUUUGAAUUCUAAUGCACAUAAAUUGAUUUGCUCUCCAGUAUUAGUCAUCCUUUUAUUUAAUGGUUCCUAAAUUCCUUCAAAGUGUUAUUGGCUGGUUAUUCAUUGAGUAGUAAAUUGGUAGGUUGUGCUUUUGACAUUUCUGAAAUUAAUGAUUUGUAUAUUUAAAGUGACUCUAAUACUAAUUUUACUAAGCUCAGUAACAGCUGUUUAGUUGUGUUAAAACCUAGUUAGGGUGAUAACCAUAGUCACAUGAAUGAAUAAUCACCUGUUUACUUCAGCAGCACAUAUACUACAAUUUAUAACGAGCCGAGAGUAAGCAAUUGCAUUGAGAAAAUUACCGAAAUAGUUAUUACUAAUUGGUUAUGGAUGGGCCUUUAAAUUUUUUGCUUUGUUUGAAAAUAUGCAAUACAUUCAAAUAUGAUAGUAUGUUGCUCUCUAGUAGUAAGUAAUGUAGUCCCCAAAUGUCCAGUACCCAAAAACUGUAACAGUUUAUAUAUGGUAUUUUUUUUUUAUUUGAUAGUUGAAAUUAUGUUCUGAAUUAGAGCUUGCAGAAUGGAGUAUAAAGACAGAGAGCAGUUGUCUACCACCACCUCUCUAAAUGGAUUAUGCCUGUGAUUGGAUCCUUGAAUGCGUAAUCCUAAGGAAGGAAGGAAACAUCUCUAACCUGGAAAUGACCCGCAUUAAAGUUUUAAAAAAAAAAAGCAGGAACUAAAGCGUAGACUGUACAAAUGUGAGUUGAGAGCUAGUAAACUACAGCUGGUUCUUUCAUAUGAAGCCAGAUGGAAUUGAAAUUAUUUUACUCCCUCUCUUUAUUUCCUCUUGUAGGCCUUGUACUGAACUUGCAUAAUACAAUUAUAACACUUCUAGAAAAAAAUUUAAUAGUUACGCUUUAAAAAAUGAUAUCUCUAUACUAGAAAAAUAGGGGACGUUGCUAUUUUUAAGUAUUUUGGGGUAAUGUUUUUUAUCUGCUGAUAAAAUGCAAGUUUUAGCUACUGUACUACUUGAUUAGUUCAGAACAGAGGGGUUUUUUCCCCCAAGAACUGCUUAAUUCACUCUAUUCAGUUGAGGAGAUAGGGAGGAGAGAGGUUUAUGGAUAUAGGAGCACCUGAAUUAAAAUUUUAAAAUGUACUUCAUUCUAAUCUGCCUUUUAGCCCUUUUCAAAAUUACCUGCUAAGUAUGGUGAAUUUAUGGAAAGUGAAUCAAAACAUCUAAUUGGCAUUGUACACUCUGCAUCUUCCCAAGAUGAAGCACUGUGUUUGUAUUUAAGCACCUAAUUUCAAAAUGUGUAAAUACAUUCAAGUUUAAAACUGUGAUACGUCAGAGGCCAUCUAUAUUACUUCACCAAAGUUAGAGAUUUUAUGAGUUUUUUGAGAUUCGAGCUAUUAAAAGGAGCAAGGUUUUUUUUUUAGUCUGGAAGCCUGAGGUUUAAGCCUUCUAGGUCUACCACUAGGAAAAAAAAAAACUGGGUGUGUAGGAGGGAGACACAAGAAAAUAGCUUGUAAAUCACUGAAUACACACGAUACUGUUGAGAGUGAUCAUUAAACUUGUUAAGUACCCAAUGUAAUAAAAAAAAAAAAGUGAAAAUAUGUAUAGUUGAUCAAUUGACAUGAUUAUACCUCCAUAAAAUAAGAUGUGACUGCUUAUCAAAGCCAGAAGGGAAUAUAUACAAUGAAGAAUGACUGUGUUUUUAGAAAGGUAUCUUUUAUUUUGCUAUGUUGUUUUUUAUUAUUUAAAAGAAUAAAAAAACUGGUUUUUAUCUUCAUUGUCAACCUGGGCAUCUGAAACUAUGACCCCAGAAUAGGCCAAGGAGAAAUAACUCUCUGGUGUGUGUUUAGCUUGAGAGAACAGCAAGAAACAUAACCAAAGAGGAAGAUUGCUUGUACUUGGGUGAUAGAGGGAUAUUUUCUCCCAGGAAGUAUAACAAGUAGUAUAAUUAUUGUAAUGCCUUACAUUUCUAUGGACCCCUGGUGGCACAGUAGUUAACAGCUCGGCCACUAACCAAAAGGUCAACAGUUCAAAUCCACCAGCUGCUACUUGGGAACUGGGGCAUUUCUACUCUGUCCAGUAGGGUUCCUACAAGUCAGAACUGACUGGACAGCAACAGAUUUAUGGGUGUUUACAUUUCUGGAGAAGGGCAUCAUGCUUGGCAGAGUACCGGGUCGGCGGAAAAGAGGAAGAUCCUCAGCGAGGUGGAUUGACACAGUGGCUGCAACAAUGAGCUCAGGCAUAACAAUGUAAGGAUGGCGCAGGACUGGGCAGUGUUUCGUUCUGUUGUGCAUGGGGUCGCUAUGAGCUGGAACCAACUCGAUGGCACCUAACAACAAAACAACAACAAACAUUUCUACAAACCUAUUUUCUACAAAGCACUUUAAUGUGCAGUAUCUAAUUUGGAAUCCAUAACUCAGCAAUGUGAAUAUUCUGUAAAGUAAGUGCUAGGAUUCUAUAUUUGGGUUUUAUUUUUCCCCCAAGAGGCAUAUAUUGUAAUGAGCACUCAAUGAAGGUGGGUAAGGUGGGGUGGAGUUCUCCCAUCUGAUCCCGCCAAGGCUCUGGGGUGACCCAUUUCUUUCCUGGGUGCUUUUGGCGUAGGGGCAGGUAGGAGAGGCUUGUGUUCUUGUGUCAGCCCUUCUGCAGGCUCCCCCUGGCUUGUCCUCAGCAUCUCUGGCCGCUAGGCUCUAUUUCUCAGUAAGUAUUGGAGCAAUUGAUCUGGUCAUCCCAGGACCGAUCACAGCAGAGGCCAAGAUCUCACAAGGUAUCAUGUUGGGGACUUGCCCCAUGUCAUCCAUAAAGCUGAUUCCUCUCUUCAAACUGGCAGGUGCUCUGAAACAGGCAGGUCACAGAAGCAGGUAGUCACGUUCCAGAUCAGCGCAGGAGUUAUGCUUACUGAACAUACUUCAGUUUCUACAGAGAUGGCCUAUAACGUUGUGAUGCAGCUCAAGUCAAGGGUCAAAGUGUCCCAAUCAUAGUUAGGAUAAGGAGCCCAAAGGGCAAAGAACUUUUGGGUGGGGACUUGGGGAAGUGGCAACACAAGUGUUAGUGCAUCUUUGCUGCCUGCUUCUUGUCACGAUGGCUGAGUGUCCUCCUAGAGCAUCCACGUGCAGGUAUAGUUGUCUUCUUGGCUGAACACUGAACUUCAUUCAGACAGGGCCUCUGUAUGGGGUCAGCUGCUGAGCGGUUUCGUGACAAGGAGCAGAUGCAUCUCAGAUGACAGAUGUCCAGUAUGGACACUUCCUGGGGUGGGGGAGAUAAACAACUUGGGGUGAGGAAAUGCCAGGCUGGUUCCUAGGGCUGGCACAGGACAGGAGUGUAGCAGGGGAGCUGCCUCCUGGAAAAAGGAAAACCCAGCACUCCCACAAGGAACCCUGGUGGCGCAAACAGUUAAGGGCUUAGCUGCUAACCAAGAGGUAGGUGAUUCGAACUCACCCACCACCUCCGCAGGAGAAAGAAAACCCUAUGGAGCAGUUUUAUUCUCUCAUAUGGGGUCACUAUGAGUCAAAAUUGACUUGAUGGCACCUAAAAAAAAAAACAAGCACCUCCAUAGGUGGCUGUGGUGCUUUAUAGCCAACUCCAUGGAGAUGCCAGGUAGAUGCUCUAGCCUUGCCUGCCUUUGCUUAGAGGCUUGGGGCCUCCCACAUAGGUUCCAGAAGCUAUAGCCAGACAGCCAAGGCCAAGGCUGCACCCAUCCUGGGGGAAGAAUUAGUCAAUUGCUGCUUAGGAGAUUGGGUUCUGUCCAGCAGUUCUGGAUUUUAGGGACCCUCCUUCUCUGGUGAAUGUUACUGCUGUUGUCUUCUAUGUUAAAGGAAAAAAAAAAAAAAGUGAGUUUUAAAGAAACAGCAACAUGCCUUUCCAGCUUUUGCCAAUGUUGAGAUUGUCUUCUAAAUGACUCAGCACCAGUGCAAGAAACCGAGAGGGCAUGUAAGUGGUAGCAUGCAUCAGUCAGCCUUAAACUUUGUUGUUAGUGCCAUCAAGUCAGUUCCGACUCAUAGCGACCCUAUGCACAACAGAACAAUACACUGCCCAGUCCUGCACCAUCCUCACAACGGUUGCCAUGCUUGAGCCCAUCGUUGCAGCCACUGUGUCAAUCCAUCUCAUUGAGGGUCUUCCUCUUUUUUGCUGACCCUUUACCAAGCAUGAUGUCCUUCUCCAGGGACUGAUCCCACCUGAUAACAUGUCCAAAGUAUGUGAGAGGUAGUCUCACCAUCCUUUCUUCUAAGGAGCAUUCUGAUUGUACUUCUUCCAGGACAGAUUUGUUCGUUCUUUUGGCAGUCCAUGGUAUGUUCAAUAUUCUUCGCCAGCACCAUAACCCAAAGGUGUCAAUUCUUCGGUCUUCCUUAUUCAUUGUCCAGCUUUCACAUGCGUAUGAAACAAUGGAAAACACCAUGGCUUGGGUCAGAUGCACCUUAGUCCUCAAGGUGACAUCUUUGCUCUUCAACACUGAAAAGUUCUUUUGCUGCAGAUUUGCCCAAUGCAAUGUCUUUUGGUUUCUUGACUGCUGCUUCCAUGGCUGUUGAUUGUGGAUCCAAGUAAAAUGAAAUCCUUGACAACUUCAAUCUUUUCUCCGUUCAUCAUGAUGUUGCUUAUUGGUUUAGUUGUGAGGAUUUUUGUUUUCUUUAUGUUGAGGUGUAAUCUAUACUGAAGGCUGUGGUCUUUGAUCUUCAUCAGUAAGCGCUUCAAGUCCUCUUCACUUUCAGCAAGCAAGAUUGUGUCAUCUGCAUAACACAGGUUGUUAAUGAAUCUUCCUCCAGUCCUGAUGCCCCAUUCUUCUUCAUACAGUCUAGCUUCUUGGAUUAUUUGCUCAGCAUACAGAUUGAAUGGGUGUGGUGAAAAGAUACAACCCUGAUGCACACCUGUCCUGACUUUAACCCAUGCAGUAUCCCCUUGUUCUGUUUGAACGACUGCCUCUUGAUCCGUGUACAGAUUGCUCAUGAGCACAAUUAGGUGUUUCAGAAUUCCCAUUCUCCACAAUGUUAUCCGCAACUUGUUAUGAUCCACACAGUCAAAUGCCUUUGCAUAGUCAAUAAAACACAGGUAAACAUCUUUCUGAUAUUCUCUGCUUUCAACUAGGAUCCAUCUAACAUCAGCAACGAUAUCCCUAGUUCCACGUCCUCUUCUAAAUCCGGCUUGAAUUUCUGGCUCUUCCCUGUCAAUACACUGCUGCAGCUGCUUUUGAAUGAUCUUCAGCAAAAUUUUUCUUGCAUGUGAUAUUAAUGACAUUGUUUGAUAAUUUCCGCAUUGGAUUGGAUCACCUUUCUUGGGAAUAGGCAUGAAUAUGGAUCUCUUGCAGUUGGUUGGCCAGGUAGCUGUCUUCCAAAUUUCUUGGCAUACACAAGUGAGCACUUCCAGCACUGCACCCGUUUGCUGAAACAUCUC